AUGAGGAGUCCUCUUGGUGCUCCUGGCGGCCCGCGCACCACCGGCCCGUGCUUGAUCACCGACGGCGGCUCGUGCGCCACCUCGCCCGACUUCCCGAACGACUACCCGGUCGACGAGGGCUGCACCAUCUACAGCCUGCCGCCGGGUGACGAGGCCCCCUCCUACGACUCCGACGGCGACGGCGACCCCACAAAUGACUGCCCCUACGACCACCUCACCGUCAACGGCGUCAAGUACUGCGGCACCUCGGGCCCGGCCGGGGUCGUGCCUUCGGACGGGACCAUGACGUGGGUCUCUGACGAUGGAGUCACCGUGUCAGGCUGGAAGGCGUGCGCUCCUUUCUCUGCAUCUAUCGCAUGGGGCGAUAAGUAUCGCUGGAGGGAGCUGUGCAGCGCCACCGUAUAUAGCGGCCGGCUGGCUGGGUUCGAGUACGCCGUCAAAGGCAAGGCGUCCCGCUGCAAGCUCUUCAAGGGCCCGAUCCUCUCGACGCUGCCCGUCGGCGGCGCGCGCUGCUACAAGAAGGCGUCCAAGACGGAGCUCGGGCCGCACAAAAAGCGGCUCUAG